ACUAGGGUGUCCCAUGAAGAACUUUUUAUAUUUUUUCAAUUUUUUGUAUUUUUUUCUUAAUCAAUAUUUAAAAAAAAUAGGGGAUUGAACCUUAAAAACAAGACGUAAGAAGAUAUUUUCUAAUGUUUACUACAAUUUUGACAAUUUUGUGAUUUCGUGUGUGUGUGAGAAAAACAAAAACAUUUUCAUAAUUUCGUGAAACACGUGAGAAACAAAAACAAAUGGCAUCAUCCGGGGGCGGGGCAUCGAAGAAGCGUCAAAGGAAGAAGAAUGCAUCCAGAGACAUCGCUCCGGAAGCUGCACAAUCAACUUCCGCAGAUGCAUGUGGUACAACACCAUCAGCUAGGAAACAACAAAAUCCCAUCCUUGCCACCUACCGUCCGGAUGUUAAUGAUUCCGGAACGAUGGUCAAGGAAAUUCCCACGGAUGUGGUGAAUGAGAAUCUCACAGAUGUCCUGGAGUCUGUCCACAUCAUUGAUUCCCUCUGUGACUACAAAACAUGCAAACAGAAGACAUCCCUCAUGGGGCAGGAUUGUACGUACUGCCGCAAGAGAUUCUGCUUCAAGCACGGUCUACCUGAGGUUCAUGGAUGCGGCGAGGCCAUCAAGAAGGAUGAGAGGAAGAAAUUCAUGCAUCCCAUCCCGGAAAAGACACGUCGUGAGCAGGAAGAUUUGGCAAAGUUACGUGUGAAAUUCAAGGAAAAUCUCAAGGAUAUGCAGCGACAGAGGCUCGCAAAGCCCCCAACUAAAGCUAAAUCUGAAAAGAAAUAAUCUUCAGAGUCCAUUUUUUGUAUUUAAUUUCAUCCGAUUUCCUCGAUUUUAAGUACAAGAAAUAAAAUCAUUUCUGAACUUUCCGAAAAA